UACUUUCCCAAACAUGGUCCAGCAUCAUGGGUUGACAAUACAAGAGGGAGUCGCCUAAAAACCUGGAUUGGACGAGCUGUAGUUGGGGCGUGGGCUUUUGUGCCGUGAACUUGUCCACAUUCUCGCUUACAUCGUGGAGAAAUAGAAGCCUGGGCUGUGCCGUGCGGGGAGGGGGUGAGAAGUGUGCCGCAGUGAGCAUAAUCUGAUAAGCGCUUCUGUUCUAUUCAAGAUCCUGCACUGCGCUCCGGGAUGUCACUCGCGGGAGAAAAGUGCGUGUGGUCGGGGGAGGGAAUACUGAGCUCGUGCUAUUUGCACCCGGAUGCCGGCUAUUUAUUUGCGGGCGUGUCGCUCGCUGAGUUUGGCAUCUGUGCACGUGACCUGUCCCAUGAAAUAGCCUACGCAGGGAUUAGUAUGAAUAGCACAUCGUAAACAUUCCGGCUGGUCAUUUUCCUGCGUUUUUUUUAAAAAUGUAUUUUUAAUUGCAGGUGCAAUGGCAUCAAGUGGAUUCAUGCGUGCUACGCAGUCGCAACAAGGUGCGCGCUGAGGUAAACUUACACGGAGUAAAGCGCGCACGAUCCCAGCUGGACAUUUUUGUUGGAGGGUGGGGGGGUUAGGGAGGCGGAGAUGCUCUGGAUCCUAAACAAUCCCGAGGCCGUACAUUGUGGGCUUCCGAACUGCGUCACUGCAUGCAAGUGCGGCUGCAGGUAGGCGAGCCACCACCGGAGAGGACCGCUCCCCUCCGCAUCCUCCGCACACAAUGUCGAGCGACUAACACAUCAGCGGCGAUGCAUGCGGCGGAGGAUUCGAGCAAAGAUCCGCCACUUGGAUCAACGUUUUCCUCGACGCCCGAUUUGGACUCUGAUAUUAACGCCAAUGCUUUCAGGCCCAUUUAUGAGAACGGCGCGGAUGACAAUGUCAACGUCCACAACACAGCCCUGCGAGGGGCCAGCGACCCCAGCGCCUAUCCCUCCUCGGACUACCGCGGGCUGGUCCGUCACAGGUUCAUUCGGCGGAGUUUGUGGCUGUCGGAUCACGAGGAGCAGAUGUUGGACACGGCAGAGUGUGCCACCAGCGCCCCGGCGCUCAUCAUCGACCUGCGCUCUAUCGUCGGCCAGUCUCGGAGCCGGACUUUACACGCCACGCGUCUGGGCCACCAGGAGAAGUCGAGGUCGGAGAGUCAUUUGGAAGGAAAGGACGACAUCGGUGCCAGCGAGGAGAAACGUGAAGCGUGCCAAAGCGAGGUCAAGGAAGAGGGCGUUUCAUGUGACGUCACUAGCAAAGCAGGAAGCGAUGAGAACGAAGAGGAGCCAGGGAUGAAGGCCGUGUCCACCUCACCUGGGGGCCGCUUUCUCAAGUUCGACAUUGAGUUGGGGAGAGGCUCCUUCAAGACGGUCUACAAGGGGCUCGACACGGACACUUGGGUGGAGGUUGCAUGGUGCGAACUGCAGGAGCGGAAACUGUCCAAGGUGGAGAGGCAAAGGUUCAAGGAGGAAGCUGAGAUGUUGAAAGCUCUUCAACACCCCAACAUCGUGAGAUUUUAUGAUUUCUGGGAGUCGCCAUUGAAAGGAAAGAAGUGCAUAGUUCUGGUCACAGAGCUCAUGACCUCAGGGACACUCAAAACGUAUUUGAAGCGCUUCAAGGUGAUGAAGCCCAAAGUUCUUCGGAGUUGGUGCAGACAGAUCCUGAAGGGCCUCCAUUUCCUGCACACCAGGACGCCCCCGAUCAUUCACAGAGACCUCAAGUGUGACAACAUCUUCAUCACAGGCCCCACGGGCUCCGUCAAGAUCGGCGAUCUGGGCUUGGCAACUCUGAAGAGGGCUUCCUUCGCUAAAAGUGUUAUCGGCACACCAGAGUUCAUGGCCCCAGAGAUGUACGAGGAGCACUAUGAUGAGGCUGUGGAUGUCUACGCCUUCGGCAUGUGCAUGUUGGAGAUGGCCACGUCUGAAUAUCCUUACUCGGAAUGUCAAAACGCAGCACAAAUCUACCGCAAAGUCACUAGCGGCGUAAAACCUGCCAGCUACAGCAAAGUAAGCGACCCAGAAAUUAAGGAAAUAAUUGGAGAGUGCAUCUGUCAUAGAUGGGAGGAAAGGUACUCCAUCAAGGACCUUUUGAAUCACGCCUUCUUUGCAGAGGAUACAGGGGUGAGGGUGGAGCUUAAUGAAGAGGAUGACGGGAAAAAAUCCUCAAUCGCAUUGAAGCUGUGGGUUGAGGAUCCGAAAAAACUAAAAGGGAAAUACAAGGACACUGGUGCGAUUGAGUUCACGUUUAACUUGGUGAACGAGGACCCAGAAGUUGUUGCGCAAGAAAUGGUAGAGUCUGGCUUUUUUCUGGACUGCGAUGUGAAGGUUGUUGGGAAGUCAAUUCGGGACCGAGUGGCUCUGAUCAAAUGGAGACGGGAGCGCACCUUCCCAGCGGGGAACGGCGAGGCGUCCGUGAAGAAGACGCAGCAGAACCUCCUACAGGUACCCGGACAACAGGGGACCACAUUGGCGCCGACCGAGUAUGACGACCAGGAGACCUUGAUUUGUACAGUCCCCGUCACCACGUCGACUACACUUGACAGCGGUGUGAGCGCCACCAUCCAAUUGGACAAUCUCAGCAAACAGCAAAAUGGCUGCUACCAGUCACCGCCUGAGACAAUCUGCACGGUUCAGUCGGUCUACAGUCCUCCUGCGCAGCUGGAAGCUCCAGUGCAGCAGGGCCCCUACCAGCAAACCACAGCACAGGCCUCGCAGGACCAAUACCUACAAGAAUCCACACAGCUACAUCAGGGAGCCUACCAGCAAACCACAGGUCAGCUACAUGCUGGGACCUACCAACAACCUGCUGCACAAUUGCACUUAGGGCCAGAUGACGCUCAAACAACACUUUCUGCUCCAUCCCCUCCUACGCAUCCCGGUAGACAGACAGCACAGAGCUUCCCGGCUGCAACGCCCAUCGUACAGACGCAUCUUACUGCUCAAGCUGGCCAGGAACAGCAAUUAUCUGCUGAGCAGACGACAGCUCACUUGAGUCCUCCUGACUUAUCGACCAGUUUUCCACAGACCAGUGCGCCCCCUCCUCUACUACCCCUUCGCAUCAGCACACAGUUUCCCUCACCAUAUUGUGUUCAAGCAGGGGGCCUCAAUCCCCCUCCUAUCUUCUCGGCUCCCCUAGCUAGCUCUUACUACUCACCUUCACCGCACCCCACCAUCAUUCCCUUGAAUCCUCAUUUUGCUUUUAGCACCCAUCAGUCCACACCUCAGCAGGUGGCACUCCCUUCCAUGAGCACUUCCAGCUUCCAUUACACCCCUUCCUUAGCGCUCUCCCAGGUACAACUCACCCCAUACCCCGUCCCCCACCCUGAGCAAGUACUGGCUGAACAGGCGCAGACAAACAAUCCACAGGGAAAUUUAGAAGAUCAACUUUCGGCCCCGAUUCAACCUGUUCUACCUACUAUUCAGAUUCCUCUCUGGGGAAGUGGAACGGAUAUAGAAAGUGCUGGAGACUUAAAUGUAGCCUCUGCAUUUCACACCUCAGCGCCACCCUCAGCUGCAGCGGAUGUGGAAACCCAAACCCCAGCACAAAGCGCAACUUUAAUCCAGCUAAAGAGCCAAGCGGCAGGACAAAUACCGGCUCAGUCUGUCGCUUCUGUCUCAUUUCAAGCUACAGCUGAACCUGCAAUUCAAACAUCAGGUUCACCAAACGUUUUGGACGAUUCUUCGGCCUCAGGACAAACCUAUGUACCGGGAUUGGUCUCAAUUCCAAGCUCCGUCCCGCAACCAGCUCAGACUGGUCCUCCUGCUCCUACGUCUGUGGCAGCUUCAGUUCCGCAGUCUGCUGGAAUCCAGACCGCAGUCUCAAUGACAUCUGAAUGUAUAAGCCAGAAAAAAGAAGUGGCGGCUGCUUGCAUUUUAGCGCAAGAUCCCUGCACAGAGGAUGUGUUUCAGGAAAAAACAGGAUCAUUGCCCAACCAUGCCUAUGACAGCCCCUACUCUGAUGUUGCAUCCGGUAAAGAAGCGAGUGAUGGGUAUGACAGCUUGGCCAGUGGAGGGAAGGGGGAAGGGAAACACAGGAAACAUCACCGCAAGUCCACCCGGACGCGUUCUCGGCAAGAAAAGACGAGCAAACCCAAACUGAGCAUGCUCAAUGUUUGCAACACAGGUGACAAAAGGGUUGAAUGUCAGCUGGAGACUCACAAUCACAAAAUGGUGACGUUUAAAUUCGAUCUGGACGGCGAUGCUCCCGAGGAAAUCGCCACUUACAUGGUGGAGAAUGGAUUUAUCCUUCCUUUAGAAAAAGAGAUCUUCAUCGACCAGUUAAAGGACAUUGUGGAUAAAGCUGAAGACAUGCUGAAUGACGACACGGAGGGGGAGAGGGUGUCUACUUUGAGUUGUAGCCCGCAACAAGGCCAGACCUCGGAUGGACAAGUAGGGGAGAGUCAACAAUCUGGAGCAUCCCAGCCUGUCUACCAGCAAAAUGUUCUUCACACAGGAAAGCGAUGGUUCAUAAUCUGUCCUGUGGAGGAGACGCCCUUUUCCAGCCAGGAGCCCACGUCUGAAGGGACAACCUCACAGUCUCCUAGCAGUUCAGCCAACACACAACUGCCUGGCAGGCGAGCUGAAGAGGGCUCAUCGUCUACAAUGUCUGGUGGGAGCGGAGGCUUCAUCCAUGAUGUGUAUGGAUUCUGUAGUCCCCCAAUUAUGUCCAACACUGACCCUCUCCUCUUGGCCAGUCUGUCUCCUCCAGUGUCCGCCCCGCCGGCUCUCCAAACGGUACCGUCAAUGGAGCAACUAAGCAGUGUCCAUCAAGCGCAACCUGCCAGAGCUCAAACUUUGCCACCAUCAUCUCCGCAAACCUCUUUUCAAAUGGAUGACCCGCAAGGAUCCCCUGUCGCCGCCUCCUCCCCAAUUCAUUCCUCUUUACCAAUGGCGGAGAUCAUCUGUCCUGUUUCUGCGGUGGACGAAAUUCCGUGUUGCCCUCUGGUCAUGCCGCUUUCUCUGGAUGUGAGCAUCUCACCGAGUGGGUCCCCUCUCACUCCUCUUCCACCCCAGGAGCCCGGUUCAGCCAAAGAGUCACUGUCUCUCUCGUAUGCCGCCGCUGCCACACGCAGUGAGCGCCCGCAGCAGCCUGUGGUGCUCCACCAGCCUUUCUCCAGUGUGGGCGGGGCCAAAGUGUCCUCGCUACCCCAGAGCCCGGCACCAUCGCAGCACGGCGGAGGACCAGCCGAGUCGGAUGGCGAAGGACGACUAGGUCGGGGAGGCUUUGUGGACAGCACCAUAAAAACUCUAGAUGAGAAACUUCGGAACUUGCUUUACCAAGAAUACGCUCCCAUGUAUCCGUCGGGAGGCAUGGCGGAGACGCCGGGUUCCGGGACAGAGUACAUCCAAUCUCCUCCUGGUCCAGACAGUGCAACUGGCGGGUCAGGAAACAGUACACCAGGUCCAAUGGAGGAGAGUCGCUACAGAGCAGGAGAACAACUGCCUCAAAUUCCUGAGCGAAUGGAUAGCUUGAGCACUUUGAGUGACUCAGCCGUGUGUGCAAUCCAAUCCAAAAGGCAUGUUUCUCACUCUGUCUCCUGCUCUGGGACAAGAGGCCGCUUUAAGAUCAUGUCAGUUCCUCCUGAAGUGGCCAACAAGCGUGACGUGAAGCAGAGGAGCUGGAGCAGCUUUGCCUCGCCAGCACAUCCUGCAGGUUACAAUGUUCCUACAGAGGCCAUGACCCCCUCCACCACCAUCGGCCGCUUCUCCGUGGUUAGCGCCGAGGACGACGUCACGCAGAGGACACGUUGCAGUCGCUACUCAGCACCGCCUGACUUCUAUUUGGACACGCAUUCCUCUGUGGCUACCCAGAGCUCCUUGUCUCACACCAUCACCUCAGCCUCCGUACCUGUCGACAUCACAGUCCACGCUCGCUUCCUCUCUUCGGACUCGGGGGCCGAGAGCAGUCCCGCCAAAGCGGCCCCUGCCACCCCGAGUCAACACGUUCGCUCCGAGCGCAGAGGAAGCGACCUGAUGAAGAGGGCGGUGGCCUUCCUCAGACGUUCGGGGCGCAGUAGCAGCGUGCAGAGCUCGGAUUCUCCGAGCAGGCACGGCGGCGUGCACGGGUCGGCAUACGCCAGCAGCGAUAACGACUCGGAGAUGGAGGACUCGUCGGACAUGAAGAGAGAACUACAGACACUCCGGGAGAAACAUUUGAAGGAAAUCUCGGAGCUGCAAGCCCAUCAGAGAGGAGAAAUAGAGUUGCUCUAUCUCCGACUUGGCAAAGUCCCUCCCUCCGGCCUGACGUACUCCCACGUUGCGCCCCCUACAGGUCGCAGAAAAAGGUCCGGCAAGCACAGGCUGAAACCUGGCAAGCUCCUCAGCCCUCUUGUUCAACAAUUCCGACAUGUCGCAAGUAAAUCUGGUGACUCCAGCAGACCUACUGUCCCAGGAAGCGGUGAGACCAACGUGAGUUUAAACGGCUCUCCAGGCAAGGCGUCCGUCGCCACUCAGGGCCGGGAUCCGUCCCGCCCCGGCCACAUUCCGAGCUCCACUUCGGAACCCGUGCAAACUCAGCAGCCCUGCUCCCUCAAGGGCUCCUUGUCCUCUGAUAACAUUUAUGCCGGACUAUAUGCCGGAGAUGGCACCAGCACACAAGCACCACCAGGACUGGGCUGGGCUAAUUACCCUCAACCAACCGAGAGAGUGACUUAUAAAUCCAGUAGCAAGCCCCGAGCUCGAUUUCUCAGUGGGCCUGUGCCUUUAUCUAUCUGGUCAACACUGAAGCGAUUGUGUCUUGGCAAAGAGCGAGGCAACAGGCCCGGUGCUGGGUUGGGGGUUGUUAAUCCAUCACAGCAGCCGCCUACUGGUGCUACACCCCCUCCUCAUCAGCCAGUGAUGGGACUGGCACAAGCUCAAGCCAAUAACAGCAACAACAAGACAGCCAGCUACGCCGCUUCAUCCAUCAAUGCCACUGAAAUCAACCUGCCUGAAGAUCUGCAACGACUGAUGGACGACUGGACGCAGGAGGUUCUUAUUGUCACUCACAGGCCGCGUACCAACUCCCUGCGUAUCGGGGGGCAGCAGAUUUCGGAUCAGAUGGUUGCCCCAACUCAAGUUGCAAGUACUUCAGAGGUGACAUCAUGGAUGACCCCCGGCGUAGAAAGCGACCACCUCCCCCCAUCCUGGCCCGACAGCCCCGGCAUGGCGGUGAUCAACGUGUCCUCCGCCGGACCUGGCGCCGUUUGCCAGUUUGUCUCGCCUGUCCCAUUCUGGGCCUCUUCCUCUCCUCGCGCUUUCAGCCAAUCACCUGGGGUGCCCCUCGCCCUUCCUUCCGGAAUUUUUGCCUUUCCUCCCGCAAGCCAGGAUGCUUCCAUCCCAAGUGCGUCAUAUCAACCGCCGGACCCCAAAGCAAGAACUCUUUAAUCAGAGUAGCAAUGUGUCUUCCAAGUCUUGUACCAAAAAGCAAUGUCAUUGUACUGUAUAUAGUGUAUUUAACCAGCACGUCACCAUUGGCGCAUCCUCCGGUCUCUCAUUUGCGUACGUGGCGUCCAUAUUAUCAUUGAGUGCAGAGCAAUGGUACAUUUGGUAGUAUGAAUAGUUUGCGUUGCUCAUGACAGCUGACGGACAAGUGUGUGUAAUAUAAGAACUCUGUACAUAGGUUGUGUGUUUGUACAGUUCACAACGAAUGAUGCAUAGGUUGUUGCUUCAGCUCCCGUAUGUGUGCCUCAGUGCAAGCCUUUAGCCGCCACUGUGAAGAUUUCUGGACUAGACGAGUACCGACCUGCUUUCUCAGUCCAAGGUCAAGUGUUUCUCCCCCCAUCAAUGAAACGCUUCUAGCACAAGCUCUUGGAAUUUUGAUGAGACACUGGAAGGGACUUUACCUUCACUUGAAAAACACCGGCGAGUGUGCCUUGUAUUGUAAUUUCCGAAGAUGAGCAUUUAGGUCCGAAGCAGCCAUGAGUUAAUGUUCUUGAUUCAAAUCAUCAAAAAUGGACAGGAGGAAAAAAAAUGAUUACACAAAUGCUAUCAUCUCAUCGCAUUGCAGGAAAUAAAAUACGACAGAUUGUUAAAAUAAUAAUAACAAUGAAAAUAAUCACUGAGGGUUAUACCUGUAGAAUGUGCAUAAAACUUUUCUGUAUUUUCGCCCCACUUGCUGACUUAAGUAUUUACUAGUGAACAUACACAAAAUGGCGGGGAAAUGGUUUUCGGGAAGAAAUUUCACUUUGACACAUUGGGCUCAAAAUGUCAACCGAACCUUAAAAGUUCUGAAUUUCUUCUAGCUGCUUGCGUUACAUAGCGUUGCCUUUGAGAAACUUUUAAGAGUUACUGUGAGGUUGCUGGUGAUGACAUAAAGCACACCAAGAAUGUGAAUUACUGCAAUGUCAUUUGUGCAAUGCGUUGUUGUUUUUUGUUUUUGAAGCUGUGUGACUCCAUUGGAAGCGCUCUCACAAAUGUUGUGGCCAUCCUUUGAAAUAGUUCCCAUUAACAUUCACUUUUCAACAUUGCCCAACUGAUAUACAGUAUCGGAAUAAUUGCUAAUUUAGAAAGCACUUUGCAGACUCUGCGUCCAUGACGAAUGUUUAGUGGAAGGCUAGAGUGAGUUUAAGGUGAUAAACUUCCUGAUGUGGUUUCAAACUUGUAUAUUUAAAUGCAUAUUUCUUUUCAUAAUAUUUAAUUUUGCUUUCUCUGUAACAUGAGUAAAUCCCAACUUUUGACAUUAUUCAUGCUUGCAAUGUAUGAAUGCUUUGGCCUGUCGCGUCCCCAUACUAGUGACAAACACACUGAACCACACACAAUGAAACAAAAAUAAAAAUGAUACUGUGUAUGUACAGUACAGUGCUUAGCA